AUGACUAGAAAAAGUUCAUCAGCUGCAUCAUCACCAGCAGCUUCAGUUGAUAAUGUUAGUUCAGCGGGUCGAUUUGUUUGUUCAAUGUGUUCAAAAGUAUAUCGAUCCGGUGCCGGAUUACGAUAUCAUAAACGGAAACGACAUCGUGGCAUGGUUGAACCAACUGCACUUCACCGAGUUAAAUGCCAAGAACUCGGUUGUACAUAUCAAAUGUUGGCAAUCUCUGAUCUUCGAAAUCAUCUUUCAAAUCAUCAUCAAAAACCUGAAUAUAAAUGUACAGAAGAAAAAAAAUUCACAAGUGUAGCAGAUUUUACCGAAUGGAAAUUAUCAUUUGAAACUAGUACUGGUUCAAAAUAUGUUAAAAAUUGUGGUGCCAAAGGUAAAUCAGACAAUCAAACAACAGAAUAUUAUUAUUGUAAUCGUACGGGACCGUAUAAAACAGUUGGACAAGGUUUACGUCGUAAUAAAGCUCAAGGUUCAUUACGUGGUGGAAUUCAUUGUACAUCAUCAAUGAAAGUUGAAAUACAAAAUGAUGAACAUAUUACUGUUCAAUAUUAUCCAGCUCAUUAUGGUCAUUCAAAUUUACCAGCAUCUGAUGAACCACAACAUUUAUCUGAAAAUAGUACAACUAUAACCGGUGCUAAUAUUCAUCCUCAACAGCAACAUCGUCAUCAACAACAACAACAACAGCAACAACAACAACAACAACAACAACAUCAUCCUCGUCAUCAUCAACAAGAUAAUUCACAACAUGGUGGUGAUCGUUCAUCAUCAUCAUCACCAGGUUCAUCAUCAACAAGUCCAUCAGGUGGUUCAAAUUCAAAUUCAAAUCAUCCACCAAUGAAUAUUGAAAGACAAUCAAUAACAACAACAAAUUCUUUUCUAAAAAAUACUAAUAUUAAUACUAGUAAUAAUAAUAAUAAUAAUUCAAUACAAAAUCAAAUGUCUCAUUGUAUAAUAAUAUCACCAUCAUUUAUGGUUGAAGAAAAUCUUUCUACACAUUCAAAUCAUCAUCAUACACCGGUGUUUGUUGUUCAACAACAUUUACCAACAUCAUCGAAUGGUAUUAUUAGUCCUCCGACAAAUUUACCAAUUAAAAAAGAAAAAUGUGUAUCAGAUAUAAUGCAUGAAGCAUUUCAAUUAUUAUCUUAUUGGCCAUUGGAUCAUCAUCAUGGUUUAGUUACAUCAGAGAAUGACCAACAAAUAACCCAUUCUCGUCUUAAUAUGGAUGAACAUCUUAUGUUCUAA